GAUUUGGUGCUAACUUCAGAGCCACGACGUGUCCCAUUUUCCGUCCGUAGUUUAGGAGCCCGUUGCUGUUUCGUGACUUGCCCCCCUUCUUCCAGGCGGCUCGGUUCGUCUGGACUGACAGCAGGAAGAUUGUCUCUCUACGUGGCCGUGGUCAGUUGGCGUGUCCUGGCUCGGUGUGACGGCUGUGCAGUCCUCCUAAACAGUCUGCACCGGACGAAGCUCAAACUCCGCUAACUUCAGGACUGUCGUGACCUGUUUACAACCAGAGCUGAGGGUGAAGACAGUCGGGGCUCAGGAUGUCUGUAGCGGGCUUGAAGAAGCAGUUUUACAAAGCCAGUCAGAUGGUUAGUGAGAAAGUUGGAGGUGCUGAAGGAACUAAACUAGAUGAUGACUUCAGAGACUUGGAACGGAAAGUUGAUGUGACUAGUAAAGCAGUAGUGGAGGUGAUCUCCAAAACAUCAGAGUACCUGCAGCCCAACCCGGCAUCACGAGCCAAACUGUCCAUGUUAAACACCAUGUCAAAGAUCCGUGGACAGGUGAAGAAUCCAGGAUAUCCUCAGGCUGAGGGGGUGCUUGGUGAGUGUAUGACCAAGUAUGGCCGGGAACUCGGAGAGGACACUAACUUUGGGGGAGCUCUCGUUGAUGUAGGAGAGGCCAUGAAGAGAUUGGAAGAAGUCAAAGACUCUCUUGACAUCGAUGUUAAACAGAACUUUAUUGAUCCACUACAAGCACUCUGUGACAAGGACCUCAGAGAGAUUCAGCACCAUCUGAAGAAGCUGGAAGGUCGCCGCCUGGACUACGACUACAAGAAAAAGCGCCAGGGUAAAAUCCCGGAUGAGGAGAUCCGACAGGCCCUGGAGAAGUUUCACGAGUCCAAGGAGGUGGCUGAGACCAGCAUGUACAACCUGCUGGAGACUGAUAUAGAGCAGGUGAGCCAGCUCUCUUCUCUGGUGGAGUCCCAGUUGCAGUAUCACAGACAAGCCGUACAGGAGCUGGAGGUUCUCUCUGACAAACUGCGGGACAGGAUGAAUGAGGCUCAGUCAAGACCAAGACGCGAAUACACACCAAAGCCCAAACCCAUAUUUGACUUUGGAGACAACAACCAUUCAAACGGUGGCUACUCGAGCUCCAUGGCACCGCCACCAUCACGCAACUCGGCCCCCGAACAGCCAAGCUGUAAGGCGUUAUACGACUUUGAGCCAGAGAACGAAGGAGAGCUGGGAUUCCACGAGGGCGAUAUCAUCACCCUGACCAAUCAGAUUGACGAGAACUGGUACGAGGGCAUGCUGAACGGCCAGUCAGGCUUCUUCCCUCUCAACUACGUCGAGGUCUUGGUUCCACUGCCACACUAAUAUAAAGAGAGCUGGGUAUAGGAGGGCAGACAGAAAAGAGUGAGUAGAGAGGGAGGAAAGAGAAGACAAGUGAUGGUCCACAGAGGUUUUAUUUUCACCGUCAGCUCCGGCGUCUUAUUCAUCACAGACAAGCACUUUCUGUCACCUGAAGUUCUAGAAGAUGGUCACAUUUCACAGUCCAGACAAGAAAAUCAACCUGUUUCAUUGGCCACGUUUACAUGGGCCCAAAACUCCUCUGUAUUAUUGGAUUUUAAGGUGAAGCGGAUUGUAAAUGUGUCAUAUAAACACCUGAGUGGGUCGGCUUCACUCAGAGCGGCUUGUAUUUUGGAUCCGAUUGUACGAGUUAGGUUACGCCGAUCAAUAAUCUGCUCUGUGUCGGAUUAAACAGGGGAUUAUUUGUUCCGCGUGUGCGUUUCCCUCGUGCGUAGUGAUGUGUGCAGUAAACGGGAAGCAGGAAAUUAAAAAAACAAACAGAAGAGCUCGACGUUGGUUGAGAAACACUUUUUUAAUAAAAACCCCGAGAGAACAAACACUGGAGAGGCGAGAUGGCUGCAAAUCGCUCAACAGCGAGUUGUUCAAAGAGCUCCAUGGUAGACUACCAGUGGCCCCCCGGCCGGUGCCAUCGAUUAACUGGUUCCCUUGUUAACUAGUGACGGAUUUCUGUUCAAGGGGCUGUAUCAUGCAAAAUUCACUUUUUGUAUGUUUUAACCUUGUUAUAUAGUUAUGUACUCAUCAAAAACACAUGCCUGCGUGCCAAAGCUAGGGUUUGGACUAGCC